UGUGGGGGAAAACAAGUUGUCCGGUGACAGUUUACUGUAUCACUCUAGUUGAAGGAGAAAUAACAGCUGAGGCCGGACUCUGUGUCGUGAUACCAUGCUCCUUCACUGUUCCUGAGGAUAUCGAAGUCUUACAUAUAGUUUGGUUUAAAUGUGAAUUGACUGAAGGGAACUGUGGUGGUGGAGACAUGAUUUUCCACAGUAACACCUUCAGCGAUCAGGUUCAGUCGGAGUUUAAAGGACGAGUGUCACUGCUGGAGUCUGAUGUGAGCCAGAAAAACUGCAGCAUCAUCAUCAAUGACCUGAAGGAGUCGGACUCUGGAACAUAUCAACUCAGAGUUAAAGCUUCACCGAGUGAAGAUUCAUUUAAUUUCCUCCAAAGAGUAACUGUCUCUGUUAAAGGUCUGAGUCAGAGGCCCACAGUGAUGAUUCCACCUCUGACUGAAGGACAGCCGACCACACUGACCUGCACUGCUCCUGGUCUCUGCUCUGGAUCUGAACCUACAUUCACCUGGAGGUGGCGAGGAGGAGGAGAGAGCGACGCUGACCUCACAGGAAACAUCACGGCCUUCAAAACUGAGAACGUGACUGAGUUCGCUAAGAGACGCAGCUCGACUCUGUCCUUCUCCCCUUCAGCUAAACAUCACGGAACCAACAUCACCUGCACGGUCCUCUUCCAAGGACACGUGAGCACAGAGGAGACGGCGACUCUGAGUGUGAGCUUUGCACACACACACAUCACGGAGUCGGCAGAGAAGCAGGAGCUUGACGGGAGGAGCUCCGUGAUGCUGAGCUGCUUCAGUCACAGCUUUCCCCAAGUGCAACACUACUCAUGGUACAGGAAGAGUCAGGGAGAGGAAAAGGAUGAACUUGUGUCAGAGCAUCAAAACCACACAGUGUACUCAAACCAGUCAGGAGUUUACUACUGCAUCGCACAAAAUGAAGUAGAUCACAGUUUGUCUGAUCCCGUCCAUCUGUUUGAACGAAACUAUCUGGAGAACCUGAGGUUCCUCGUUGUUGCUCUACUUCUCCUGAUGAUUAUCAGUGUAAUUGUGGUAAAUUUAAGGUGAAUGAAUAAGAAGUGCAUUUGAUCAAAUUCAAUAAAUACAUUUCAGAGAUGGUCUGGAUUGUUAUACCACAUCAUGUCCCUCUAUGUUUUCAGAUACUGGAGGAAAUCUGUUCAACAAGGAACAACAAACAUCAAAUCCCCUUCUGGUUUUUCGGUAAUGACACAUUUGUUUAAACUUAAAAAUCUAUUUCUAAUUGAUUAUUUGAAUAUUGGAAAUCAUAGCAAACAGUGAUUAUGGAGAGUACAGUUAUAAGAUUCAGGAUAUUUAAGCCUCUGCCUCAUCACUUCUGACCUGUUACAGCUGUAAAACUACUAAUUCUUCUAAAUACUCUAAAUGAUGUCAUAAUUUCAAUAAUAUGUAAUCAAAUAUGUUUUAAUGGUGAUAUUACAAAGCCUCCAAAGUCCCAGAAUGUUUUGUUAAUUUUAUGUUAAGAACACAAGAUCCAAGGAUCUGGAAAAAAACAACAU